GUUAACUUUCAUUUAUAAAAAUUAGUUGAAGCUUUUAACUCUGAUAUUUUGUCAUUAGAGACCUAAAAGUUGGAUUCCAAUGUUUAAUUCAACUUUUGCACCGGCAUUGAUGGCAACCCUACAUCAUUAAAAAUGACAGAAAAAAUCAAAAGCUAUAUUUUUGUUGAAUUGUUUUAGCCCAAAAAGUCGGAGAUCCCUGGUGUCCACGAGUUCCCAUUGGCCGCACCAUUUUCAGCUCUCUCUCUCUACUCCAACUUAUAGUCUGCCAGUUUGCCAGCACCACCUUCUCCACUCUUCCACUUCCACUUUGAGCUCAAAUCUUGGAGCACUUUUAUGUUUGAGGAUAAAAAGCUCUGUUUUAAUAAGGAUAAAAGUUAUUGCACAUCAAAGUUGCCGAUGUGUGCGUCUCAGGACCCCUCGCCUUUGCCUUUUUCUUCUUCUUCUUCUUUUCCUGUCCUUGAAAUUUUGUAUAUUCCUAUUCACACUACCCCUCUCUAUCUUAAUCUUUCAUUUUCGCUCCAAUAAUCCAUUUCCAAAAUUCAUUUCUUUUUUUCCUGCAGUUCCGCGUCUUGAAUUUGCGAAAGCGCAUGUUUCAUGCGAUUGCUUUUGCUUGUCUUUAAUUUAAGCAGAGAGUUGAAUUGAAGAUCCUCUUGGGAUAAAAAUUUCACGAGAUCUUGUCCUUCACUUGACUUGACUUGAUGAAUAGCCAUGAGCAGCAAUUCCAGCAAAAUACGCAGAUGGGGUCGGGGCUGACCCGAUACAGGUCGGCCCCGAGCUCGUAUUUGACUAGCCUUCUCAGCGCUCCAAGCAGCGAUGGCGGAUUCGGAGAGGAAGAUUUCGCCGAGCUCUUCAACCCGCGAGCUUCGAGUCCUGAGACGCAAGUAAUUUUCUCGAGGUUCAUGAACAGCUCCGGACAAGAAUCCCGUCCCUCAAUUGCGCCUCUGCCGAGAAAGUCGGAGAAUCAAGAGUAUGCGCCCCCGCAGAAGCUGCAGAGGCAGCAUAGCCAUGAUUUGUAUUCCGAGGCUGCUGCUGUUGCCGACACCUCCUACAGCAAAGUGUUUGCGCCUUUGAGCUCCAAUUGCGCGGCGCCGGUGCAGGUCAAGAUGGAACGCACCUCUGGCCUCAUUCGUCACAGCAGCUCGCCUGCAGGCCUCUUCGCCAACAUAAACAUCGAAAAUGAGUUCAAAACAAUGAGAGGCGUGGGCAGCUACGGAGGCGGUAACAGUGCUAAUUCGGAAGCAACAUUUUCUUCUUCGGCAAACAGGUUUGUGGCCCAAAUGGACUACCCCUCUUCUUCGGCGAUGAAUAUGAUGAACCCUAUUUCAGAAGGCAUUGGAGAAAAUGCAGCAGUUGAUGACGAUGAUGUUGACUUCAUCACUAGUUUACCUUGGGAUGAUUCACCACUCUUGUCUGAUCCUUACCUCAAUGAUCAGAAAAACGAAGCAGGAAAUCGGCCUAAACCUCUGUUGUCUCAUCACCUAAGUUUGCCAAAAGCAGCAAUGGAGAAGCUGCUGCAAGAUUCAGUUCCCUGCAAAAUCAGAGCCAAGCGAGGCUGUGCUACUCAUCCUCGAAGCAUUGCUGAAAGGGUUAGAAGAACUAAGAUCAGUGAGCGAAUGAGGAAGCUGCAAGAACUCGUGCCUAAUAUGGAGAAGCAAACCAAUACAUCUGAUAUGCUGGACUUGGCUGUUGAUUACAUCAAGGAUCUUCAAAGACAAGUAAAGACGCUUUCGGGUAAUCAAGCCAAGUGUAGCUGCUCGGCUAAACAAUGAUCCUAGAUCAAAUGGCUACUGACCUUGCAAGAUGAUCAAUGAGAAAAGGCCAUUAAGGAUGAUGUCAGUAUAUACAUUCGAUCAGAUUGUAAGUCUGUCUUAGGUUGAGAAACUUAAUCAAUGUUUUUUAUUUUAUUUUUUUAAUUUGGGGUUAGGAGUGAAAUCACGAAGUUCAAUUAGAUUGAGCUUCUUGUCACAUGGAGUAUUUUAGAACGAGAGGCAUGUUAAAGUCAUCAUUUUGGAUAGAAGAAAUGGUACUUUUCUGGCUACAUUGAUUAAAAAGAGCUUCUCUAGUCACUUUUGUUAUUAAAGACAAUAAAUACUCUUAAUAUACGGAGAGAGUCACAUUUGCUUUAUCAGAUAUACUCGAGAUAACAUAUAUGGGCUUCGUUAUCAAAUCAAUCAUAACCUGAUAACAUACACGGUGAUUCUCUCCGCAUAUUAAUGGGUAUUUUUUAUUUUUAAUAAUAAAAGUGACUUAUUUUUUCACCAUGAUAGCUGGAAAAGUAUUUUUAUUAUCCAAAUUGACUAGGCUUGUGCAUUCCUAAUUGGUAAAUUAUUAUGUUAGUGAAGUCCAUAAACAUUCUUAUAAAUAAAAUGAGUUGAAUUUCCUUGCUGAA